AUGAUUAUGCCUAAACCCGUAGCUAAAACUAUGCGUGACAAUGAUCGUCAUGUAACAAGAAGAGCUGCAAAUAGGAUAGAAGAUCAUAUACUGCGCAGAUUUGAGCUUGUCUUUGCUCAUUACGAUCUUCUUCUUCGUGUUCGUACCUCAUCUUCUCCACCGGCAUUACAAGAUUCACAAGAGUGGCUCGUCUCGCGGCAAUCAAGAGGACUUGAUAGCAUCUACGAUACAAACUUUGACCGACCACCCGAUUUGCCUCAUCCACGACGAAGAGCUCUUCGCCCUCCACUCAUGUCACUCCGGGCGAUGCCUGGAAACCGGAAUGAACAAAUCCGAGCUGGGACAGGUUCGGGUGCUCCGAGAGCGCCUAGAAGGUGUUCAGGGAUAAAUGUGAGAGAUGGAAUAUCACAUCAAAUGAUUGAGGAGGACGACAUUCAUUUGGAGGAGAGUUCUUUAGGACCUGGUGGAUUAACAAGAAGAACCGCAAGUUUUCAAGUACGUGAUAUUCACGCUAGUCAUUAUGGAAGAAUUAUUGAGAAUUUAAUAGUAUAA